AUGAAAUUUAAUGAAUAUUUAAGUGUUUUGGUCUACAAACUUGUUCUAGUCAUAAACUUGAUUAAUGGCAAAAUGCUGAAUGAAAGGGAUAAGAAUGCACAAAUAUUCGACGUGAUUGCUGUUGAGGGAAAGAGUGCGUCACUUCACUGUCCAAUAUCAUCGCCAUUGAGUGAUGUCUCUAUGGUGUUCUUCUUUAAAUCAGCGCAUGGCGGAAUUCCUCUAUAUAGCGUCGAUAUGCGAGACAAAACUUCACAACACCAACCAAAACAUUGGUCCGCACCCGAAGUCUUCGGAUCACGUGCCAACAUUUCCAUUGACAAUAAACCUGAAUCGUUAGUAAUUAAGGAUAUCAAACGACAUGAUCAAGGAGUUUAUCGUUGUCGAAUUGACUUUCUAAAGAGUCAAACGCAAAGCUACACAUACAAUUUAUCAGUUAUAAUUUUACCUGAAUCGCCUGUUGUACUCGAUAGAUGGGGACGACAACUGAAUAGCACUAAAAUUGGUCCAAUGCAAGAGGCAGAAGACAUUAUACUAUCAUGUCGCGUAGUUGGAGGACGGCCUCAACCAACAGUUCGAUGGCUCAUAAAUGGACUACCCGUAGAUGAUCAAUAUGAGCACAACUCAGGCGAUGUGAUUGAAAAUAGACUCCUGUGGCCUCAAAUACAGAGAAAUGAUCUCAAUUCUAUAUUUACAUGUCAAGCGUCUAAUACAAAACUUGUAGAGCCUAAGGAAACGUCCUUUGUACUAGAUAUGCAUUUAAAGCCUUUAACAGUAGAAAUAAGAAGACCACCAACAAGAAUGGUUGCAGAUCGAAGAUACGAAAUCAUUUGUGAGAGUUCGGGUUCAAGGCCAAAUGCAAUAAUAACAUGGUACAAGGGAAAACGUCAGUUGAGACGAACGAAGGAUGAGAUUUUAAAUAAUACCACAAAAUCGGAACUAAGCUUUUCACCUACUGUAGAGGAUGAUGGAAAAUUUAUAGUGUGUCGAGCGGAGAACCCCGUCGUGAGCGGACUCUUUCUCGAAGCAACACAUAAACUCAGCGUAGUCUAUCCUCCACUAGUGACUCUCCAACUAGGAUCAACUCUCUCUAAUGAUGAUAUUAAGGAGGGAGAUGAUGUGUAUUUUGAAUGUCAUGUCGAAGCAAAUCCAAAGUUUACAAAGCUCUCGUGGCUUCAUAAUGGUCUUCAUUUAACGCACAAUGCAUCGGCUCGUAUAAUUAGAUCUAAUCAAAGCCUGGUGCUACAAAAAAUUACCCGGAAUUCAAGCGGAAACUAUGCCUGUAGCGCUUUGAAUUCAGAAGGUGAAACCGUAAGCAAUCAGCUUCCACUGAGGGUCAAAUAUGCCCCUGUAUGCGCGACUGAGAAAGUUGUCCUUAUUGGUGCUGCCAAAGAUGAGAAUGUUGAAAUUAUUUGUGAUAUAAAUGCAGAUCCUCCAGCUAGAAAAUUCCGAUGGAAAUUCAAUAAUUCGGGUGAAAUUUUAUUCCUUGACUCGGAGCGAUAUAGUAAAAAUGGAACACGAAGUAUUCUCCAUUAUACACCCGUCACCGAGCAGGACUUUGGUACGCUAUCUUGCUGGGCGAUAAAUGAGAUUGGUGAACAAUCUGUUAGUUGCUUAUUUCAAGUUGUUCUGGCAGUCACUCCAUCACCUGUCAUAAACUGCAGCGUUAGUAAUUAUACUCGAGAAGUAGCCGAGAUACUGUGUACAUCAGGCCAUGAUGGAGGACUCCCGCAACGUUUUCUACUUGAAAUGAUAUCAAGGAGAAAUAAAGCAAUCAAAUACAAUUUUACAAAUGCUGAUGAGCCAUUUUUCGUGUUAGAUAUGCUAGAGUUAAUUAAUGCCAAGCUGAUAGAAGAGAAUGACUCCGUGUUAAUUGUUGUUUACGCUGUUAAUCAAAAAGGUAGAAGCUCACCUGUUAUCAUUCGUGAUUUGGAGCUUGGUGCUGUUGUAAAAAUAGAUAGAGAUAAUUUAAUUGUUGUAAGCUCACAAGAGACGACGCCAUAUUUCAUAGGAAUUAUUGCAACGAUUCUCAUUGUAUUUAUAUUUAUUGCAUUUAAAAUAAUGUCCAUGUGUUGGACACAAGACUCAUCAAAAAGGUCAGCAACUGGAAUGACGACGGCAGCAACAACAGAUCUUUCGCACAAUGACCAUAAUGGCACGACAAAAUUGACAAAUCAUUCAAAUAAUUUGUUAAUAAUUAGCAGCUAUAAUGGAAGUAUUGGCAAAAAAAAUGGGAUAAGCAACGGCGGGCAGGCAAUCACCACAUUUACAUCGCCAACAAAUAGUCUCAAAAGCAACAAGCCAAUAUUCGAUGACGAUAGAGAUCCCGAUCUGAUUCCAACGUAUCAUCAGUAUGGCUCAUCGAUAUCUACUGCAGAGGAGCCAUACAGCUAUAAAUCUUUUCAGCAGCAAGAUGGUUUUCACCUAAUAAGCACAUCGGCGCUAUCAAGGCAUGCUGCAAAAUCGAUAAAUGAAGAAAUUAAAGAGCGCCUCAUGAACGCCAAAGUUCCAGAGAGUUGUGUUUAA